CGAGGCGUCUACUCUUUAUAUGUCUAUGCUCGUGCUGCUCACUGGGCGCGCUCGUUCUAGAACUCUCCAACGGCUUCACUCCGACGUCACGAUAGAACUGGCAAAAACACGCGAUGUUUUGAGAGACGCCAGUGAAUCUGUUGGAAACGUCCGAGUUAACUGUUUAGGUUUCAGUUCGUUUUUGCCGGGUACUGCAGCUAGGUAGCACUAUUACCUAUAUCGUGGUCCGACGAGGGAGUUUAAUUGCUAAAAGAUGCAUCCUGCAACAGCUAAGUGGUAUGACAGACGAGACACUGUUUUUGUAGAUUUCUGCGUGGAGGACAGUAAAGAUGUGCAAGUUCGUUUUGACCCUGCCAAAGUUACUUUCAGCUGUGUCAGUGGAGCAGAUAAAAUCAAACACCAGAAUACAGUGGAGCUGUUUGGGGAGAUUGACCCCAAAGAAUCCAAACACAAACGCACUGAUAGGUCUGUGUUGUGUUGUUUACGAAAAGCAGAGGCUGGAAAAGCAUGGCCACGACUUACCAAAGACAAGACAAAGAACAACUGGCUGAGUGUGGAUUUCAUUAAUUGGAAAGACUGGGAGGAUGACUCAGAUGAGGACUUGUCAAGUUUUGACAAAUUCUCAGAGAUGAUGAACAGCAUGGGAGGAGAUGAUCUACCUGAUUUAGAUGGUCCAGAGGAAGAGCAUGAUUCUGCAGACAGUGAUGAUGAAAAAAUGCCUGACCUUGAGUAGAUGAAUAUGGAUGCCACCUCAGUAGUAAACAAAGCAAGUUAUGAGUCAGCUGAAGAGAGACUAGACAUGAGUUGGCAGCCAUGCUGGAGAAGAAGCCUCAUCUCUCUCUCUACGCAGUUUCCAAAGCGGAACCCCUCCAGGGGGUGACAGGGAGUGACUGUUGGUCACAGACAUGCACAGAGAUCCAUUGCGACAUACAGUGCUGUGCUUUGCUGUUCUGUUCUGCAUGGACAAUUCUGUUCAAAUGAAAAUGUUAUUGUUCAUUGACUCAAAUGACUAAUGGGAUGUGCUGAUGUCUUACACCCUCUCUCUGUUUUUUUCUUUGCGAUGUCAGGUUAUGUAUUGAACAUUGUGAUUUCUAAUGAAGUGAAAAAAAUAACUCAAAAUGCCUAUUUUCCAAAAAAGUAGAUUUUUUUAAUGACAGAUUUUCCCCUUUAAUGUUUGUAUUGUAAAUUGCACUUUUUUUGUCUGUUAAUUUAAAUAGCAGGAGUCCUGCUUGAAAAUGGGUUUUCCAAUGUAUGCCAACAUCUGCAACUAUUUAACACAAUUUUUUUAAGCAUUUAAAGAUAAACAGAUGAUGCUUGUGCAACUUACAGCUUGUGUUGAGAUUAUGGUAUUAAAGAAGUGAGAACUCUUCAUAAAGUCAUUUUGUCUUCAUGAAGAGUUUUUUUCUCUAUGCCAGUGUGCAAAAUAUCGCACAUUGUAGCCAGUACAUAUAUUAAUUUUCUUCCAGAGGUGAGUGCCGAGAUCCUAUGUAGUCUACCAAGAGUUCCCCAGAUAGUUUAAAUAAUACAGGUUAUAAAUGUUUGUUGAUCAGAAUAUGUUUCGGAAGCUUGUGUGUUUGAUUCAACAUGUGUUGAACACCUUUGCGUUUGUCUUAUGCUGUGGGAGUUUGGUUAUACAUUUCUAAUAAACUCUUUCACACCACUGAACACAA